CGGAGGUCGUCGUCGACUUGACGGAGCAAAGCUCGGCACGUCUGUCUGUACCUCAAGCCUUCUCCAGCCGUCUUACUGCCUACAAAAAGGCGUCUUUUUCAUCUUUUCUCCCUUUUGCCACUCAUGUUACUUCGACAGAAUCUCUGCCGGUUAUCGACGCCGACAAGCUGGUUUUGCCGGUCGUCGCCUGCAGCUGCAACAAUGCCGCUUCGCGCCAAAGUUACGAAUUCAGCCUUCGGCAGCGUUUCCAGGAUGUCGACUAGUUCCGAAAUUCCCAAAGAGCUUCCUGGAGACGAGCCCGAUGAUGUCUUGUUCAACUCGAUUUACGGCGUCCGGACGAUCGAACUCAACCGACCCAAGAAACUGAAUUCCUUGAACGGAUCGAUGGCGCGGAAAAUAUUACCUAGACUGAAGGAAUGGGAAAAAUCUCAACUUGCAAACGUGAUCAUACUCUCCGGCGCUGGUACUAAGGCUUUAUGUGCUGGAGGUGAUGUGGCUGCUCUGGCGAACGCGAACGAAGAGGGUCCUGAGGGACAACAACGGUCAACGGAUUUCUUUGGGUUGGAGUACAAGCUUGAUCAUGUCAUUGCUACAUACAGCAAGCCAUUCAUUUCCGUGAUGGAUGGAAUCACCAUGGGCGGCGGUGUUGGCCUCAGUGUACAUGCUCCAUUCCGUAUUGCGACCGAACGUACCCUCUUUGCCAUGCCGGAGACGACGAUUGGAUUCUUCCCUGAUGUUGGCGGCUCUUUCUUCCUACCUCGUCUUGACGGUGAAGUUGGAACAUACCUGGCCUUGACCUCGGAGCGCCUCAAGGGCGUCCAGGCACUGUAUGCUGGAAUUGCCACGCAUUAUUUGGACUCGAGUGUCCUGAGCAACCUGACGGCACGUUUAUCCGAACUCGUCUUCAAAGACACUGCGUCUCUUCCCGAGCGCCUGGACCUGGUCAAUAAAACCGUCGCUGAAUUCUCCACCGGUUUACCACAAGAACCUAUUUGGCCCGGUGGGAAUGUCCGCAAGGCGAUUGACCGCUGCUUCAAGUAUGACACGGUUGAGGAGAUCUUCAAGGCACUUGAGACUGAGGAAGAGCAGAAGGAGUGGGCCCAGAAGACACUGGAGACGCUGACCAUCCGGUCUCCGACCUCCCUUCGAGUGACUCUACGUCAGCAGCGUUUGGGCAAGAACUGGGGCAUUGCCGAGACAUUCCAGCGCGAAUACCAAAUCGCAGCGCAUUUCAUGAGACACCAUGAUUUCGUCGAAGGUGUGAAGGCCCGUCUCAUGUCGAAGCCUCCUAGGGAGCCCAAGUGGCAACCGGCUUCUCUCGAGGAGGUCUCCCCUGCAAAGGUCGAUUCGUUCUUCCUGCUGCCCGAGCGUGAGCAACGUCUUGCCCUCCUCAGCGACACCGAUUACAAGAACUAUCCGCAUGCCCAUUAUGCCCUCCCGAGCGAGAAAGAUAUUGAGAAGUUCGUCCGCGAGAAUGCGGUUGAUGCAAAGAAGACAGUAGCAAGCUUUGUUGAGAAAUGGGGCUACAAGGAAGGCGUCCGCGAGAAGGUCGCCGAUGUGCUAAAGAGAAAAACAGUCCAAACAGACAAGGGCUUGGAAUGGGUUUACUAGAAUUGGGGUUUUGUGUUAAAAAUUUGUUAUGUUUCUUCUGUAUACUGAAUUGGACUUAGGAUACGCGUGGAUUGAUGGAAGCCACUCGUUCAUCUUAUAAUUUCAGAUAGAGGCAGUCAUCAUAUGAAUAUAUUAUGUUGUCUCUGUACAACAUGCAACUUCACUCAGUAAUAAGAAUCGGACUUCGGGUGAGACGAGAUUGCCGAAG